AUGCCUUCUCAAAAAAACAGCCAGGCCAAGGCCGCACCGACCAGCACAAGGCUCGCAGCAAACGCGCAUCCGACGCUGAAAGGGACAACGACGGGUGCCAGCGGGCGCCCCAAAAAGGCACUCACAACAAAGCCCCCCACGAUUUCGAGCCCAAACCAGCACAGAGAGGCGCUGAGAACGGCCGAGGCCCGCGAGGCUGCUCUCCGCGUGGCACGCAUGAGGCGCCUCGACGAACGAGAGAACCGCAGCAGGGAAGCUGCCGAGGAGAAGCUCAAAAGGGACAGCUACCAAGGCAGAUACAAGUCGGCGAGCAAGAAGUGGACCUCGACCAUUGUGGCUCUUCCGAUCCUGCUCGUGACGAGUUAUUAUCUCUUCCAACGACGUGAGCUUGCCCACCACUGGCCGCAGGUGGCCCUCCCCAACCGCCGGCGUCGUUCCUACUAA